CCUCUCUCACGCUCUCGCAACACGCACAAACUCUCUCUUCUUCUAGGGUUUUCAGAGGCCUCUAGAUGUUGUAAAUGGAAAACGAAGGGCCGAAAGAGCCAGACAAGAAGAAGCCGCACUUGAAUUCUCACCCUCUUUCUCCCUCCAUGGCUCGCAACUCUGCCACUUCUCCUUCGAAUAACAAAACCGUUGAUGCGGCAGUUCUUCAGUAUCAGAAUCAAAAACUUGUACAGCAACUAGAUGCUCAGAAGCAUCAGUUGCAUGAUCUUGAAGCCAAAAUUAAGGAAUUUAAAGAUAAACAAACUUCGUAUGAUGACAUGUUAAUUACAGUGAAUCAACUUUGGAAUCAGUUGGUUGAUGAUUUGAUCUUGCUUGGGGUACGAGCCGGUGGAGGCCCUAAUGCUUUACGAAACUUGGAUUGCAAAGACCAGCCACGAGAUCCUGUUCCAUCUUGUCCUCCGGAGGAUAUGUUUCUUGGUAGACUGCUACGAGUAAAUUGCAUUGAAAAUACUGGUAAUGAGGGGAUUGCCAAUUACGUUGAAGAAGCCCUUGCUCCACGUCAUUCAUCUACUAAGGAGUUGAUGAAGUUUCUGGAAGAUGUCAUUGAAGCACAGAGGGUGAAAACUGAGAGUGUAGCUCAGACUUUGCAAGGAAAGCUAUCUGCAGAAGAUGCCAUUAUCCAAUUGUCAAAGAUGGAUGAUAUGAUGAAAGAAGAGGCUAAAAAUCUGCAUGAGGUGAUUGAAAUUCUCCAUUUGAAGCAUAAGGAAUAUGCUAAUUGGAUUCAAACAUAUAUAUGCAACCAUUCAGUUGAUCAGUCUGAGAUUAAACGCGUCGCAGGUGAGCUCGAAGAGAGCAUGGCUGAACUUGAAGAAAGUAGAAGAAAGCUGGUCAAUCUGAAGAUGCAAAAAGAUGUGGCAUCUGGCAUGCCUUUGCGGACUCCAGGUGCAGUAACUGCUAAUGGAAGUGUUUCACCAGAGAAGUCUGCUGAUAGGACAAUGGACAUGCAGGAAUUGAAGGAUUCCAUUGAGGAAACAAAGAUAGUUGCUGCUGAUCGUCUUUCUGAGCUCGAAGAUGCACAGCAGGACAACAUCAACUUGUCAAAACAAUUGCAAAAUCUUCAGAAUGAUGUGAAUGACGACAAAUAUAUAUACUCGUCUCGACAGUAUAAUUUAAUCAAUGAUCAACUCCAACAUUGGAAUGUUGAGUUGGAACGAUACAAAGCAUUCACAGAUUCUUUGCAGAUUGACAGGUCUUUUGUUGUAAGAAGGGAGAAGGAAUUGAAUGUAAGAGUAGAGUCAGCAGAUGCUGCUAGGAGCACCAUUGAUGAUUCUGAAUCUAGAAUUGAACAGCUAGAGCAUCAGCUGCAGAAGUGUAUGAUUGAAAAAAAUGAUCUUGAGAUGAAAAUGGAAGAAGCUGUUCAGGAUUCAGGGAGAAACGAUAUUAAAAUGGAGUUUCGUGUAAUGGCGUCGGCUUUGUCUAAGGAAAUGGGGAUGAUGGAAGCUCAGCUGAAUCGAUGGAAGGAAACUGCCGAUGAAGCCCUUUCCUUGCGUGAUGAAGCACAAUCACUAAAAGCUUCCUUAAGUACUAAGACGCAUGAGCAGAGGUGUUUGGAAGACAAAUGUGCAGAGCAGAUGGUAGAAAUCAAAUCUCUGAAGGCUCUGAUUGAAAAGUUGCAAAAGGAAAAACUGGAAUUGCAAAUUAUCUUGGACAUGUAUGGCCAGGAAGGUUAUGAUAACAGAGAUGUGGCUGAGAUAAAAGAAUCUGAACGUCGAGCUAAUUCACAAGCUGAAGUCUUAAAAAGUGCCUUGGAUGAACAUAGUCUGGAAUUGAGGGUGAAAGCUGCUAAUGAGGCUGAGGCUGCUUGCCAACAAAGGCUUUCAGUUGCUGAAGCUGAAAUAGCUGAACUAAGGGCUAAACUGGAUGUUUCUGAGAGGGAUGUUAUGGAGCUUACAGAGGCUAUUAAAAGCAAAGAUAAGGAAGCAGAGGCAUACAUUUCUGAAAUUGAGACCAUUGGUCAAGCAUAUGAAGACAUGCAGACCCAGAACCAGCAUUUGCUGCUGCAGGUGACUGAAAGGGAUGACUACAACAUCAAGCUUGUUUCUGAGAGCGUCAAAACAAAGCAGGCACAAGGCUUUCUAAUCUCUGAGAAGCAGGCAUCAGUGAAGCAACUUCAACAAGUUAAUGGACUUGUAGAAUCUUUAAAAUUAAGGAUUCUCCACAGUGAAGAGCAGAUGAAAGCCUGUCUGACAGAGGCUCUGAAAUCUACUCAAGAAGACAGACAUCUUACAAUCAGCCUUGAAACAGCAAGGUGGGAAUUGGCUGAUGCUGAGAAGGAUUUGAAGUGGCUGAAAUCUGCUGUUACUUCUUCUGAGAAGGAACAUGAGCAGAUCCAGCGGAAGUUAAAUGACAUCCAAAAAGAACUGGAUGAAGAAAGAAGAGAGAGGAUGAAGCUUGAGGAAGAUCUCAUGGAAUUGAAUAACAAGGUUGACGAAUUGACUUCUGAAACUGGAGAGGCAGCAAUACAGAAACUUAGGGAUGAAAUAAAAGAUUGCAAAGCUAUUCUCAAGUGUGGUGUGUGUUUUGACCGCCCGAAGGAGGUCGUGAUUGUGAAAUGCUAUCACCUCUUCUGCAAUCCAUGUAUCCAAAGAAACUUAGAGAUACGGCAUCGGAAGUGCCCCGGGUGUGGAACUGCUUUCGGUCAGAAUGAUGUCCGGCUUGUAAAGAUAUGACUUAACUUUCCCAUGUGUUUUGUAGUUUAACUUUGGUCAUAGCUAGCUCCGCAUUUUGUUAU